GUGCAUAUGUGGUUUUAUGCAUAUGGUAUUGGAUUUGAAUCCCCUAACAGUAUACUGUCUAUGAAAUGUCCCUUGCCCACCAAGUAAUCCAGCUCAUUGGCCUCAUCAUCCAUCAUUGAUUGAUCAAGCCAUGGAGCUCUGAAGGGUGGCAAAGAUCCAUACUUAUUGCUUUCCCCCACGUUAUCUUCUUUGAUCAGCAGAACCCUUUAGUAUAUGAAUUGGUUAAUGUGGAUGAGACGUGAGGAAGACAAAAGGAACCUCAUCAGAAGGAGGAGUUCAUCAUUAAUUAAUGAUGAUUAUGGAUUGCAGAUCCAAUAUUUUAUAUCGUAUAUCACAUGAGGAGGUUUAGCUUAUUGUUUUGAGUUAGUUGCAUGGUUAUCUAACCCAAUAACAUAAGCAUUCAUGACAUUGUCAUUCAUGUGGCUUCCUCUCUGCAACCGUGGGGGUGGAUUAGUUAAUUGUCAAUUAGGCGUAUGAGUUGGCUAGCCAGUAGGCAAGAGACAUUGCUGCAUAAACAUUGCUGACAUAGUUUUUUAGAUCCAAAUCUCAACGUUAUUGAUGCUUAUCUAUCACUGACUUUUCUUAAAUCAUGUCAAACAACCCACUCGUGGAGCCAUUAAACUAUCUUGGCAUAUGAGCUGGGCAAGCCAGAAGGCGACAGACAGUGCACAAACAGUGCUGUUAUAGUUGUUUAGAUCCAGAUCAUCUCUUCAAAAUUUCCCAAGUCAAUGAAGAUGAAGAUUCCUUCUGUCUCUCUUCCAUCUCCCACCAUAUAUAGUCCAUGCCAUACCGAGGUUUUUCCAUCACAAUUUUCUGCUCCAACUCAACACCAAAGUUCUCAACUUUCAAUAUACCAUAAACCAUCCAUUUUUCUAUCAAUGGCAGUCACAUCUCUCCACGUUCGAUCCAACAGCUUGCCAUCGAGGCCACACCCUCUAGUUUCAGAAGUUGAAGACAACAUCAGCAGAUUGAGAAGCUCACAAUCUGCCUCUUCAUCUUCGUCUUCGGUAUCCAACAAGCUGAAUAGCCUGCAGGACUUACAAGAUUGUGUUGAGAAGCUGUUGGCCCUGCCACUUAACCAACAAACUUUGGUCCAGGACGAGAAGUUCCUGAACCAGAUGUUGGAUGGAUCCCUGAGGCUUCUGGACUUCUGCAACACUACCAAGGAUGCCUUGUCUCUGAUGAAGGAAUCUGUAUUUGAACUUCAAUCAGUUCUUCGGAGAAGGGUACAAGGCGGUCUACAUCUUAAUGAUGUGAAGCAAUACAUAACCUGCAGGAAGACCGUCAAGAAGGCCAUCCAGAAAGCCAUGAAGAAUCUGAAGGCAGUUGAGUGUAGCAGCAAUGAGAGUCCUGAGAUCGUUGCGGUGUUGAGAGAUGUUGAAGCCAUUACUCGCGAUGUGUUUGAGUCGUUGGUCUCAUUCAUCUCUCAACAAAGAAGGCCAAGUGGAUGGUCAUUGGUUUCCAAACUGAUGUAUCGAAGUACGGUGACCAGUGAGCAAGAAGAAGAGAAGAAAACAAAUGAAUUCGCUUUGGUGGAUGCAUCACUGGAAGCUAUCUUGGGAAGCAAGACAAACAAGUAUGAGAAAGUUCAGAGCGAACUGAAGGAUCUGGAGAUGUGCAUUGAAGAUCUUGAAGAAGGAACUGAGUGCCUCUAUAGAAGGAUGAUCAAAACUAGAGUCACCCUUCUUAACAUCUUCAUCUAGAUUAAUAGAACAUGUAAAAAGUAUACUCUUGUAUAUGUACAAUCUUCUUGGGAGACUUCUUUAUGGAACAAAGAUUCAGAAUGAAUAGAUUAUACUGAACAACUUUGCCAAGUACAUUCUGUGUGCUGUUUACUUUCUUUCACUUUCAUCUCAGUUUCGACAAGGAGAAACCCCGGUUGAGCCUAAUUAACCCUGAAAUGCAAGAAUUACAACUACCCAGAUGAAAAAGUUUCGAACUUUGUUGCUGUUGUGACUCUAUUACUGGUAAACUCGAGAUUGUCAACGUUCAUGAAAGGUGAGCUGUCAGGAUUCCAAGGCAUUGGUAGCUGAGCUGGUGUGUCCCUUGGUUAGGGACUCGAUGGAAUCUUUUGCACGCUUAGCUUGCUGAUGCAUAGUUUUAUUCAAAUGGCACUAUGAAAUUACAAAGCUAUUAGCUAAGAAUGUGGAUCUUGCCUGUCUGUAGAGAAGCAGCCAUGUCAGAAACCUUGGGUUAUCAUCAUGUGGUGAUUCACAGUUAGAUUAGAAGAACCAUAUAGAUAGAUCUAAAGUCAUUUGAUCAAAUGACCUCCUGGGAAACAUUAACAAACUCAUCUAUUACUUUCUAUCCCAAAACUGAUCUCACCAAAUUGCAAUGGUGGGAAAGAAUGUGACCACUUAUAAGCCAUGCUGCUGCAAACUGAUGGGACCUGAGGCAAGUAAAUAGAAAGAACAGGCUAACAUAUUCCCAGUAAUAUCAAUGGCUUUGAUUGGAUUGGAAAAUAGACUUAGUAAAGGUGGUAGGUAAGAUUAUAAAAGAUCCUAAUCAUCAAAACCCAUCUCUGCAUCAUCCAUAGUUUGAUCUUUUCAUAUCCUUCCAAACACAGCCCACUCGUGUAACAGGAUUAAACUAAGUUGGAAAAUGAGUUGGAGAGCUGGGUUGGCAGGAGACACUGCAUUAAAUACAGCUGAGAAGAUAUACAGUUGGUUAGAUCCAAGUCCACUCGUGCAAUUGAGGUCAUGAAAGACUAGACUAAACCUGUGGGAAUGAGCUGGAGAUAAUAGUAGGCAAGGCAAAAUUGCAUGAAUAUUGCCCGAGAGAUAUGGUUGUUUUAAUCAACUAGAUCCUUUUCAUUUGGACUUCUCAUUAAUAUUCAUCCUUGGCUCCUCCAUUCCUUUAAAGAAUUUGUAAAUAUUAUUUUGGCACCAAACUUGGAAUAAAAUCCUUUUGUUAACUUUGUACUCAUCUUGAACCAAUUUAUCGGGACAACUCGAACUAUUGUGAGGGGUCCAAGCAUGGAUCUUAUGUCAUAUUCACUUGAGCAUUCCCUCAACACAGAAAGAAAUCUUUUGCGCUGAUAGGUUGUCGUACUAUGUGCUAAAAUCAACAGAGUUUUGAUGUGACUCUUUUCAUAAAUACUUUGAUCCUAUGUGAAAUAUCAAUUCCCAUCGAUGACGAGAGUUGUUGGGAAAGAGACAAGUGUGUAUAAGAAUAGAACCAGAUUGUGUUG